AUGGAUCCCCGCAUCUCUCGCCUCUCCCACAUGGGAGCUGCCGGUUCGCGAUCCUCCGUCGCCGCCUCCGACACGACCUACCAUUCUUUCCACGAUGUCGAGCUGUUUCCGCCAGCAUCACCACCCAGGGCCACCAACAAGUCAACAACCGUCCACCCGACGACCCCACAAAAAGAGAACCAACGUCCUCACCCCUCCUCUACCGAGAUGAAGCGACAAGAUUCGGGCUACGAAUCAAUUCCCCCGCGCACAUCCUUUUCCAGCCAGCCCCGCCGCACAUCCGUUGCAUCCUCCUCCGGAUCGGGUCCCCACACGCCCCGCGCCCGACCCUGCUCCCGCCCCGGCCGUCCCGUCAUCCGCCGCUCGCCCCAGUCAUCGCCCUACCCUGCGCGGCCGCAGAUGGCCCAGGUCCAGGCCAUGCACAACGCCCGCUCUCAGCCGAAUCACGCUUCAGGCUUCUUUCACUUCCCGGCGCACCCCACCGACCUCACCCCGCCGUCGCCGCCAAAACAGCAGGACCAGGAAGAGCGCGAAAUCGUCAGGUCGAUCCCCUCGCCGCCACCGCAGCCGACACACUACUGGACGAGCGACCAGACAAGGAGGCUUGAGUAUGCCGCCAUCGACGCUGCGCAUCAGGGGAUCAAGGGCUGGGUGAGGCGUCACCUCGUGCCCGAGUGUUUCGUGCCGCGGGAGAAGACACCGGUUGCAUUCGACGACGAGACGGGCAGCGUGAGGCGCUAUCGCAUGGAACUCGAGGAAGAAGAGAGGGAAGGCGAGAAGAAGGGGUGGGCGUGGGCACGGAUGAAGAGCUGGUGA